AUGACUGCACCGUCGCACCAUCACUCUUUGGUGCUGGAACGGUCCACCUGUCAGCACUACUACCACUGUGUGUUGUACGACAUUUUGUUUGACCUCACUGUGCAGGAAAUCGCUGCGCAGGUGGUGCCCAGCAAGGACUCCGAUAUAGUGCAGCGGCUCACAAGCGCUGAUUGCCGCGUUGUCCCGCACCAGCUGCACGUGUACAAGGAACCACUGGAGAAGAAGUUCGGCUAUGUUUCCUUCUUUGUUCACCAGGCACCGCAUUCCUCAACGGACGCCGAUGAUGUUCACCGUCUUGUGUGUGAGUGGAUUGCCGUCGACCUUGCCUCCCAGUUGGCGACGGUGCAAUGCAAGGUGAAGCUCGCCCAGCCGCCAGAGUGUCACUCGUCGGAGCCGUUUCUGAACGCGUUCCGCCUAAAGUGCCCCUUGCUCGACCCCAGGCUGACGGCAGACAGGAAACUCGAGACGUUUGUGCUCGCCCGCGUGCACUUUGGCCAGCACUGCGAUAGUGCGUCGAUCAAUCAGCUGCAUGUCAUGCACGGCGAGAACGCAAAGGUCGCCGCUUCUGCGGGUAGUUGUGGGGCGGAAACGGAAAUGUGCACAGAUGACGGGUCGACGAAUACAGAGGGCGAGCUGGACAUUGGGGCGCACAGCGUGGCUCGCACAGUGCAUGAGCAUGCGUGGAAGUGCGUGGGCACCUUCUCGAUCGCUGCCCUGUCGUCAAAGGAACUCGUAUGGCUCAAGAAGCAGCUCCCUUCCUUUCCGCCGCUGCGCAUUACGAAUGGGGACAUGGACACGGCCCACUGCGAGGAGGCGAAGCUGGCACAGUUUUUUGAGACCUCGCUCGCUCCUCUGUUCACCGUGGAGGAGGUGGCGGGGGUAGCAGACGAAAAUACCGUGAACUCGGCGGCAUAA